UGCAGUUGCAAGAACCAAUGAAAAUAGAGGUGGGUGGGAAAUAAGUAUUUGCUGGCGUUACGUCAACACCGCAGUCUCGCAGCAGCAGACCUACCAUCUCCUGUGCCUUGACAGACCUGACAUUGCAAGGUGUGAACACGACGGCGGCAGCUUCACCAGUUCUGGACCCGGACCUGCUCCGGGAGGUUCUGGAGUGCCCCAUCUGCCUGGAGACUUACAACCAGGAGCAGCUGAGGCCCAAGCUCCUGCAGUGUGGCCACACAGUGUGCAGACAGUGUCUGCAGAAGCUGCUGGCUAGCACCAUCAACUGCGUGCGCUGUCCCUUCUGCAGCAGGGUCUCCUGCAUGAGCAGCUUCUCCCAGCUGGCUGACAAGCUCACUGUGCUCAAGCUCCUGGACUGGAUCAAGUCCUGCCGCAACCGCCUACCCCGACAGUACUGCCUUGACUGCGGCACCGUGCUCUGUGACCUCUGCAAGAGCGAGGGCCACCUGCAGCAGGGCCACGCCGUCCAGCCCAUCCGGGUGGCUGCUGAGCAGCGCCGGAAGGACCUGGGCGGUAAACUGGCAUCCCUCCACAAAGCCAUGGACCACAUCCAGCAGAAAAAAGUGACCAUUGACAGUGUGACAAAGAACAUGCGGGUGAAGUUCCGGGCAGUGCAGCAGGAGUAUGCCCGGGCUGAGCUGCGUCUGCUGGAGGAGCUGGGGCACUAGCGGCAGGCCUUCGCUGCCUCCAUGGCCAAGGUGGAAAAGCUGAAUGGGCACAACCUUGAGGAGCAGACAUACCUGCUGAACCUGGCCGAUGCGACUACCUCACCAUGCGGGUGAAGCAGAGCGACAUCACCCUGCUGGAGGGGGAAACGAUGAGGAGGAGCUAGACCUGAGGAGCAGCCUGGACCUGCCUACGCUACUCAAGCUCCAGCUCCAGCAUCAGCUCAUCACCAAGCCCUGCACCGUCAACACUGAUGAGGGGCUGCUGGAGUUUAGCACUGGGGAUGGGGUUGAUGCCAUGUGCGGGACCAUGGGGGUUGUAGGGGCCCCGCUGGACCUGUAUAGAGACAUUGAUAUGUUAAUGUCUGUAGAAGAGGCUGUGUGUGCCUCCCCGGGCAACUUUAAGUCCAUGGAUGAGGGGGGGGGGGGGGGGGGGCUGCCAGUUUGUAAAGAAUAUGGGUUGCAAGGGCAACCUGCCGGGGAUGUUCAACCUACCGGUUAGCAUCUGCAUCACCCCGCAGGGCGAAGUCCUAGUGGCCGACCAGGGGAACUACCGCAUCCAGAUCUUCAGCCGCAAGGGCUUCCAGAGGGACAUCCAUCGCAACCCCAGCAGCAUCGACCUGCCCAACCUCAUCCCACUGUCCAUCGCCAUCACUCCGCAGGGCCUUAUUGGGGUCACUGACAACUACGACAACUCAGUCAAGGUGUACACCAUUGAUGGCCACUGCGUGGCCUGCCACAAGAACCAGCUAAUAAAGCCCUGGGGCAUUGCAGCCAUGCCCACGGGUCAGUUCGUGGUCUCGGGCGUGGAGGGCGGCAAGCUCUGGUGCCUGGCCGUGGACCGCAAAGUGGGCGUAGCCAACUACAACCGUCUGUGCUCGGAAGUGCGGCCCAAGUUUGUGACGUGCGACGCAUCGGGCACCAUCUACUUCACCCAAGGAUUGGGCCUGAACAUUCAGAACCGCCAUAAUGAGCACCACCUGGAGGGGGGCUUCUCCAUCUGCUCGGUGGGGACGGACGACCAGCUGGGCAAGCAUCUCAGCCACUUCUUCUCGGAGACAGAGGACUUCCGUUGCAUCAUGGGAAUGUGCAUAGAUGCCAACGGGGACCUGCUGGUGACGGACAGUGGCAGGAAGGAGAUCCUGCAGUUCCCCCAAAGAGGGCGGCUUUAACGUGCUCAUCCAGGAGGGACUGACGUGCCCUGUGGGCGUGGCCGUCACUGAGAAAGGACAGCUGAUGUUGCUGGACUGCUGGGACCACUGUGUGAAAGUCUUCUCGUACCCACAGAGGAGAUGCUUCUCCACCUGCUAGGUGCUAAGAAACUACAAAUCCAAUUGUGUGUGUGUGUGUGUGUGUCACUUUUUAAUAUAAAUGGCUGCAUUCCAAACAACUUUUGCUCCUCCAUGAUCUGAUUUCUAGUCAGUGCUUAGCAGGUCAUAUAAUGAGUUCCUGAUCCCCAGUCAGUCAGUGGGACUGGCUAGGAGCACAUUGGAACCAAGACGGUGUUUAUCUACAAUUUGAGCUGCCUCGUUGAUUUGAUGGAAGUUGUCACAUUAGGGGUGGGGGGGAAACUGGUAUGUCAAUCAACGCACAAUAUUUUAAAUAUUUUAACUGCUGUACUGUACAAAAUAUUAGGGCCGGGUUGAUACCUGUAUUGCGAUACUCAUUAGUAUCGUAGCAAGGACACAAAACACGAAGCAAAUUUUAACUUCUUUGGGAAAACGACCCUAAUGUUGGAAACCAACAUCAUGUUGUCAUCUAGUCACGUAUUAUUUUCCAAUCUAUAGAACGCUAUUUUACAUAAAGCAGGUUUUUAAAGGACCAAAGUGUUUGGUCUGCAUUGUUUUUAUUUUAUUUAUAUUUUAUUUAUUUUUGAUACUGGUAUCAUCACAGCUGUACAAAAUUAUAUGUUCUAUUUACUAAGCCUAAUGGCAUGGCAAGAAAAUGUAUUGCAAAAAAGAAUUGUGCUUACAGGCUGCCUUUAUCUAUUUAGAAGGCAUGUCUAAUCAAACCUCUAAUUUAAAUCUAUAGGGAUGGGAUCAUGGACUUGAUCGUCUAAAAUAAGUAGAAAUAGGCAUAUAUUUCCUAUUAAUUGUUUCAUUUCCAUGAUUGUUGCAGAAUACAUUCCUCACCUUUUCUGACUGAUGGUUUCAUACUCGCGAAGUAGCCUGUCGCCUACGUCUGAUCUCUUAUUUAAUUGGACCCAUUUCGCAGGUGUAAAUAAAAAUGCUAUUUCAAGUUUUUUGCUCUAUGCGAUCCGGAGCAUAGUUUAACGCUCGAACAGAUGGUUCAACUUUUUCAUUUACGUCUUUGUCAAAUGUCUCGCGUAAACAAUAUUUAAUUUAUAAACAUAAUUCAUAUUUUCAUAGUCAUUUGCUGAACAAAUUCUUCCACUUUUUGGUUUGUUUUUCUGGCCAUGAUGGGUUCAUAUUCCUGAAGUAGCUUUAGACUACAACAAAUGAACAUCUCUCGCUUUAAUCGGGCCUAUUGGAUUGGCUUUUAUUUCAACGUUUUUUGCUUUGUGCACCCGAAAGGUAGCGCGGUUUAGAAUAUACAGUAUAAUUUAACAGACAGGGUUUAGAAUAUACAGUAUAUAUUUUUUCACUGAAGUGUGUAGGCUACCACUGUAAGUAGGCCUACUGUAGUUUUAUAUUUUUACAAUGUUUCAGAAUUCGCGGGUAGUGCAGCAUAAUUAAGUUCCGGAAAAAGUAAACAAAGUAUUAUUGAAUUGAAAUGAUCUACAGGUUAUAACAAUUUCCAAUGAUUUCUUUAUUUCAGAUACAGAAAAUGUCACUGUAAAAGUUGUAAAAAUAUUCUGCCAACACCUCCAGAGACAUUUGAUCAAGUUCGUCAUUGCUAUUUCCUUUAAACUUCCAUACGUACAUACAAUUUCUUCAGUGAUUGUGUGUUUUCAUUUCUUGUACUCUCAUGAGACAUUUGUGAAACCAUAUUUGUCAACACACCAAAGGAUUUAAAUUCAGGAUAUCAUGUCAGGCAGCAUGCUAACCUUGUCACUGCAUUAGUCUGUCACUACAAAGUUAUUUCUCAAAUUAUCAUUACAGAUAUUCCAAACUUAACUAUUACAAGACUGUUUCUGUCAGUUUUAAUGGUUAAUGUUUUUUUUUUUUAAGUUAAUUGCAGGAUUUGCUUGGAUUAAUGUCAAACAUUUGAAAUUGCUCAAAUUGAGCUGUAAUUGAAGAUGUUUUAUACCAAAAGCAUUACAAGAAUAUCGAUGUCUUGAUUUUGUCCAAAGUAACAGUAAGCAAAAUCUGGUAAAUUAAUAAAGUGUACUUUCUUUAACCUCAAUGUCAAGUUGUUUUGAGCUCUAUAGAUUAUUUGGGAUAUUUUCAGUGGAUUUUAAACGCUUUCAAACAAUGCGAUUAAUCACAUAAAUAAGUGUGUACUUAACUUGGGUUAAAGACCCAAUGUAGCCAUUUUCAUAUCAAAUAAGGACCUUACUGUAAGAUUUACAUUAAAAUGGGCAAAAUUACCUUUUUAUUUGAGGGACCUCACUAUUGUUGGUAUAUUUAUGUAAUGGUGACGUCACAAUGGAAAGCACACACAUAGAGAAUGAUAGAGGCCUCUAGUGGCCAGAAUUCAGUUUUAGCAUGUGCAGCGCCAUUGAGGACUUCCACCAUUCUAAUAUAGUCAACUGGGUGAGACUUCCAACUUCAUUGGCUGAUCCCUCCUUGUGACCCUGUUGGAGACUACUUUAAAAUGGAGAUAGUAUGGGCAGUGCCAUUGAGACUGUCACAGACGCCAUAAUGGUACGGAUACAAGGAUGAGGCCUCUCUAUGGCCAAAACUCCCGCCCAUGCAAAUCAGCUGCUUUAGAAGGUCCUGUGUAGAUAGUUUCUUGUUGAAAAUACAAUCAGGAAAUAACUCAAGUUGUACAAUAUGAUACAAAAUAAAUGAAUUUAGACUCCGCUGGGCCUUUAAUUGAUUAACUCGGACAGCCUUCAUUUCUUUAGACCUACAUGUAAUUGCCUAUUUCCUCUGAGUUUUAAAUUUUUGUUAUACUACUGGGUCUUCUGAGUGUUCUGUAUGUGUGUGUUGAACUAACCCACGUGUCUUUCAGAAGUUUCGCCUUUGGUGGAGGCAGUGACUUUACAGUGUGUGUGUUACUAUCGUAUCAGAUGAGUUUCUGUGUAACGCGAGUCUCAAUUUCAUGUUUUUAAUGUCAUCUAUUUAGUGCAAUAAACCCAACAUUAAUCAA